AAGAAAUUAAUGGCCAUGAGCUCAUUUUUGAUCAACUCCAACUAUGUGGACCCCAAGUUCCCACCCUGCGAGGAAUAUUCCCACAGCGAUUACCUCCCCAACCACUCGCCGGAAUAUUACCAGAGGCACCGCCACGACUCUUUCCAGCACGAAUCCAACUCGUACGAGCCGCGAUCCUCGUGCAAGGAGCAGAUUUACUGUCCCGCCUCCGGGAUGUCCCCGCGGGGUCACAUCCACGGCGGGCCCGGCCAGCGGAGCCCCGGCUCGCCCCCAUCCUGCAGCCAAAAUCCGGGAGAGCCCCGAGAGGAGCCCGUGGUUUACCCCUGGAUGAAAAAAGUCCACGUGAGCACGGUGAACCCCAAUUUCUGCGGCGGGGAGCCCAAGCGCUCGCGCACGGCCUACACCCGGCAGCAGGUGCUGGAGCUGGAGAAGGAAUUCCACUACAGCCGCUACCUGACGCGCCGGCGCCGCGUGGAGAUCGCGCACGCCCUGGGCCUGGCCGAGCGCCAGAUCAAGAUCUGGUUCCAGAACCGCCGCAUGAAGUGGAAAAAGGAUCACAAGUUACCCAACACCAAGAGCCGCGCUGGAUCCGCCCCCGGAUCCCUGCAGAUCCCGCAGGGAGGAGCCCAGAAUCAGAUCCCGCAAGGAGGAUCCCAAAAUCAGAUCCCGCAAGGAGGAUCCCAAAGGCAAAUCCCACCGGGAGGAUCCCAAGUGCAAAUCCCACCGGGAGGAGCCCAUAAUCAGAUCCCAGCAGGAGGAUCCCAAAAUCAGAUCCCACCAGGUGGAUCCCAAAGGCAAAUCCCACUGGGAGGAGCCCAAAAUCAAAUCCCAGCAGGAGGAUCCCAAGCGAGGAUCCCACCAGGAGGAUCCCAAAAUCAAAUCCCACCAAGGGGAUCCCAAAAUCAAAUCCCACUGGGAGGAUCCCAAAAUCAGAUCCCAGCAGGAGGAUCCCAAGUGCAAAUCCCACCGGGAGGAUCCCAAAGGCAGAUCCCAGCAGGAGGAUGCCAAUCUCAGAUCCCACCGGGAGGAUCCCAAGCGCAGAUGGCGCCGGGAGGAUCCCAAAAUCAGAUCCCACAAAGAGGAUCCCAAACGCAGAUCCCACCAGGAGGAUCCCAGAUGCAGAUCACGCAAGGGGGAUCCUAAACGCAAAUCCCGCAAGGAGGAUCCCAGACUCGAUCCCACCUGGAGGAUCCCCGACACAAAUCCUACCAGGAGUAUCCCACACUUGAUCACACAAAGAGGAUCUGAAACUCGAUCCCACCAGGAGGAUCCCAAACUUGAUCUCACCAUGAGGAUCCCAAACUCGAUCUUACCAGGAGGAUCCCAAACUUGAUCUUACCAGCAGGAUCCCAAACUCGAUCUUACCAGGAGGAUCCCAAACUCGGUCUCACCAGGAGGAUCCCAAACUCGAUCUUACCAGGAGGAUCCUAAGUACAAACCCUACAAAGAGGAUCCCAAACACAAACUCUGCAAGGAAGAUCCCAAACUCGAUCCCACCAGGAGGAUCCCAGACUCGAUCCCACAAAGAGGAUCCCAAACACAAAUCCUG